CUGUGUGUUUGGGUUGAGUGGGUGGUUCAGCUCAACCCAUCCAGUGGGACCAAUAGCCAGAGAACCUCUGUCCUCUCCCCAUUUCAACACUAUUCUUAUUGCAUCUGAAAUGGCGAGUGACAACUACCUGAUCCUCGACUCCCUCCUGACCGCCAAUGGCUUUCCUCAUCCUGGGAAGCUGAGAGCCAAACGCACGAAGUGGAAUGUCAGAGCUUCAGAAAUGUCCAAACGAACCUUCAACCCGAUCCGCGCCAUCGUGGACAACAUGAAGAUCCAACCCAACCCCAACAAACCUCUGAUCGCACUGUCCAUCGGUGAUCCCACAGUGUUCGGGAACCUUCCAACUGAUGUGAAAGUUCUGCAAGCCAUGAAGGAGGCUGUGGAUUCAGGAAAAUACAAUGGUUAUGCUUCAUCCAUAGGCUAUCAGACAAGCAGGGAGGCUGUUGUCAACUUCUACAGCUGUCCAGAAUCACCUCUGGAGGCAAAGGAUGUGAUUCUGACUAGUGGCUGCAGUCAGGCCAUUGAAAUGGCAAUUUCUGUAUUGGCAAACCCUGGCCAGAACAUUCUGAUCCCCAGGCCUGGUUUCUCUCUCUAUAAAACACUUGCAAUCUCGAUUGGAAUUGAGGUCAAACUGUACAACUUACUGCCAGAAAAAUCCUGGGAAAUUGAUCUUAAACACUUAGAGUCUUUGAUAGAUGAUAAAACUGCCUGUAUCAUCAUAAACAACCCAUCCAAUCCCUGUGGAUCCGUCUUCAGUAAAUUCCAUCUCCAAAAGAUACUAGCUGUUGCAGCCAGAAACUAUCUUCCAAUCCUGGCCGAUGAGAUCUAUGGAGACAUGGUCUUUCCAGAAUGCAAAUAUGUUGCCCUAGCAACUUUGAGCAGUACUGUACCCAUUCUGUCCUGUGGUGGUUUGGCCAAACGAUGGCUCAUCCCAGGCUGGCGAAUGGGCUGGAUUCUCAUUCAUGAUAGAAACAAUAUCUUCAGCAGAGAGGUCCGUGAUGGCCUUGUCCGGUUGAGCCAAAGAAUUUUAGGCCCAUGUACAAUUGUACAAGGAGCUUUGGAAACAAUUCUGAAUAAAACAACUCCAGAAUUUUAUGAUGAUACCAUCAGAUUCCUGCAGUCUAAUUCUGUUGUUUGUUACAAAACACUCUCAACUGUGCCUGGACUUCAGCCAGUCAGAGCCUGUGGUGCCAUGUACUUGAUGGUCGGAAUUGAGAUGGAACAUUUUCCAGAGUUUGAGAAUGACAUCCAAUUCACGGAGCGAAUGAUUGCCGAACAAUCAGUUUUCUGUCUUCCUGCAGCGUGUUUUGAGUAUCCAAAUUUCUUCAGGAUUGUACUUACGGUGCCUGCAGACAUGAUGGUUGAAGCCUGUAACCGGAUCCGGCAAUUCUGUGAGAACCAUUAUCAACCACAGGAAAACCGCAUUGGAGACGAAAUUGAAUGUGAUAAGUGACAGUGGGUCAAUUGAGGAGGAGGAUUUACUGAGACGGUGCUGAUUUUACACAGAACUCGUGAUGUUCACUGGUUUCUGAAUGUAAGCAAUUUGGAAAAAGUUUUACACAACUUAAAAACUAUUGAAAAAUGCUUGAUUUAUUGGUUGUGGACAAUAAUAAUGUAAAAGCCAAUUGUGAGAAGCUAUGCCUAUAAAUGUAAUGUAGUUAAAUGGCCAAUAGGUUCCAAGUGGAAUGUUCCAGAGGGAGUGCAAUAUGUGCAGGCUGAGGGCAUAAGCAUGUUCCUUGUUUAACCAAAGGCUAAUUUAAAUUUUCCAGCAGUGGCUUUGAGAGACACUUUCAUCACCAUUUAUCUGGAAAUACAUCAAUUGCUACAAAUAUCACUCACUACUACAUUUACAUUGACACACUCAGUAAACACCAUUCCCAGUUCAAAAUAUUGUAAAUAUCCAUUUUUGUUGACCUGGGAUAAGUUUGUAGAGAGAAGUUCAAAAAAGUUUCAAACCUCUGACACGGUGGUUAAUUUUGACUGUGAUUCCUUGCAGCAGACUCCAUAUCUCUUGCUCUAUUCCGAUGAACAAUAUGCAAUACUCACUGACUUGGGUUUAAGUUCAAUAUUAAUUUCAAAUAUAUCAAGAACAAGGACCAAAUCUGAAGGAGUGAAGUAGGAACUGGUGGGAGGACACUUGCCUCUAGUGCAAUAGAUCUUUAUUAAAAGCAACAUAGUCUGUUGUUGGGUCUGUGUGCAGAUUUCACUUGAAGAAAGGUUUAAAUUCUUGAUUAUAAUAAAACUCCAAACAAUGAACACACUAAAGGACCUGUUCCUGCAAUAGAUUAGCAUAAUAAAGUUUCAUAUUGAUACAGUAAAUAUACAUCAACACACUUAGAUCCUGUACACACAUACAUUAACCAACCAUUCACAUACAAUCUCUUUUACAGUAACUGUACACUCAUCUACAAUCAAUUUCACUGCUUAUCUGACAUCUAUUACGUUAUGCACUCAAUUUUAUCACAAGGUAUUAGUUUCAAACUAACAGAGCAGGACUGUUCUUACAGAGGAUUGGUUGUAGAGAGUGUGGUAUAGUUACUGCACACAUUGAUGGCUCACAGACUCUUCUGUUUGACUGGUUUAAACUCUUAUCAUUUGGCAGUUUCCUGACCAGAGUCUGUUGCUGGCUCUGUGUGCAGAUUUUAUUGUAACAUAUUAACAUCCUCUUACUGUACUGACCACUUUGUGUAAUAGAUAUCAGGCUACCAUUUCUACAAUUUCUUUUUCUUUUUUAUGACAUAUUUAAUAACAUUAUUUCAACCAUUUUUAUUUCUAAUAAACAUACAACAUUAUUACUGUGUGCCAUUCUUUUUUUUCAAAUGUUCUCUUCUUUUCUAAAGAUAUUAAUUUGUAUACAGGAGACCAAUUCCACAGGCAUUGAUAGACCAUUAGUGCCUUGCCCAAGUGAGUUUCAGCAAUUUCCCCUUUAUGUAAAGAAAUUCAUCAAAAUAUAGUGUUCCUUGAUUUA